AGAACUGGUUACGUCAAAUUGCGUCAAAGAAUUGUAAAUAUACCAUUAAUGAAACGAGUGCCUCUAUAAAAGAAAACGAUUAGAAAUAUAAUUAGAGGUAUUUACAGUAAAUCCUAAUUAGGGAAUCAUUUGCAACACUAUUGGGCAACGUUAAGGUGAGAAUCAUGAAGUGUAAGCACCCGUUGUGUAUUGAAAAAUGCAGAGAAAAAGCGAAACUAAAUACAGAUGCAGUGCAGUGCAAAUGUAUUGAAGAUAUCGGGAUAUUUAUUUGGGAAUGGUCCCCGGCCCAUAGUUCACCCGAUACGAAAAUAACUAAUGAUAAUAAGGAUAUUUUAUUUCAUCCUUGCUACAGUUCUGGUACUGCAGCUGUGAGAGGAACUGUACCAUUUGAGAGGAACUUACAUUAUUAUUGGGAAGUGCAAAUGACUUCAAAUAUGUAUGGAACUGAUGUGAUGGUAGGUGUUGGUACAGCAAAAGUUGUAUUCUCUGACUGGAAAUUUAGGUUCUGUAGUCUACUAGGAAUUGAUUCUCAAUCAUGGGGAUACUCCUACCAUGGACUUAUUCAACACAACAAACUAGUUAGGAAGUAUGGAUCAAAAUUUGGGUUGGGAAGCUCUAUCGGCGUUCAUUUAGAUAUGAACAGAGGAACUUUAGAAUAUUUUUUAAAUAGAAAACCUUUAGGAAUUGCUUUUACUGGGAUUAAAAACCAAGAACUAUACCCCAUGGUUAGUUCUACGGCAGCUCAAUCUGCAGUUAGGUUAACCUGUGCAGUAUCAGAAGAAUCUACCUUACAGAUGCUAUGUUUAGGCUUUAUUGCAAAACACAAAAAUCUGUACCAAAGUUAUCAACAGAUUCCUGGCCUUAAAAGAUUGUAUGAAAGGAAGUACUUUUGGAUUGUGCCUAAUUUUGAAGAAGACAAGAUAAAACGCUUAGCCAACUUAGAAGACAGCUUGAUGUGUCCUUUAUAUUACGAAAACUUCCUAAAAUCCCAUAAGAAGCUAAGAACCACACCUUGGUUCCCUUCGGACUUCAGUAGUGACGUCGACACAAGUGACUCAAAUGUAUCGAAUGCAUCUUCCGAUUAUGACACGCAAUGAUACAGACAUGUGAUAAGCCGCUCCAUGAUUUACAAAUUAUGUGUCUGUUGUCAAUACGACUGUGAUGAAUCUCAAAUUUAAUUUUAUAGCGCCGCUAGGUUUUUUUAACAAUAAAUGCGAGUUCGAAAAAAAAAUAAAAGAAUAGGUGUAAAAUAGCUCUUUGAAAAUGAAUCUAGUUGGUAUUUCUAGAAAAGAGUGAGUUGUAUUUUGUCAGAUAUUUGUUGAAUUAUAUUAUAAUACAUUAGUA